GCGUAUAUUAGCAAUUAGGAUAAUAAACUACAUAUUGACUUAUCGAGUGAUGUCAGAGUCCUUUGAAGUAGCAGAGGGUGAGCAUCGUUACUCCCGAGUCAAUGUUAGCAAACCUCGCGAGUACUGGGAUUAUGAAUCGCUUAAGGUAGAGUGGAAUAGCCCCGACCGAUAUGAAGUGGAAAGAAGAAUUGGACGCGGUAAAUACAGUAAUGUUUUCUUAGGCCAUGAUACAGAGCUAUCCAGAAGAGUCUCCAUUAAAGUGCUAAAGCCAGUAAAAAAGAAGAAAAUCUUGCGUGAGCUGAAAAUUCUUCAGAUCCUCAAGGGUUGUCCGAACAUCGUUGAGCUGUAUGACACUGUUCGAGAUCCAAGCAGUAAAGUACCAUCAUUUGUUUUUGAGUACAUAGAAGCUUCGGAUUUUCGAACCUUGUUCCCCCAUUUUUCAGAUUUAGAUGUCCGGAAUCUUAUUUAUCAGGUUCUCAUAGCCCUGGAGUAUGCACAUUCAAGAGGCAUCAUGCAUCGUGAUGUAAAGCCAAAUAAUGUGUGCAUAGAUUAUAAGCAAAAAAAACUAAGGCUGAUCGACUGGGGGUUGGCGGAGUUUUACCAUCCAGAAACUUCAUACAAUGCACGCGUUGCAUCGCGCUACUUCAAGGGCCCUGAGCUUCUUAUUGAGCUUCCCACAUAUGACUACCGUCUUGAUAUGUGGUCUCUGGGGUGCAUGAUGGCCGGAAUUAUCUUCAUGAAAGAACCCUUUUUCCGUGGUAAAGACAACACCGACCAGUUAGUACGCAUUGUGAAGGUUUUGGGUACAGAUGACCUUAGGGUAUAUCUAAACAAGUUCAACCUGAAGUUGCCCUCUUCGUUACUUAAUCUGCUGACGAAACAGACCAAAAAACCGUGGUCUCUAUUUGUUACGCCUGAAAAUCGUCAUUUAUGUCCGGACACCGCUUUGGAUUUUCUGGAUAAGCUCCUUCGGUACGAUCAUACGGAGCGAAUUCAGGCGGCAGAGGCUUUGCAACACCCGUACUUUGAUCCAGUAAGACCACAAAUGGGCUCUGAAACUGGUGAUCUUAAUCAUGAUAAUUGUGAAGAAAGUGAGCAUAAUUAAUCACUGAAAGGGUUGGGAGUAUGUAUUUUUACUAAGUUAUACAGCUAGUAUAAAAUUUUUAAAGGUAUUGAUUAUAAAAACGUCAAA